UGCCAGAAGCUUAACAUAAUUCAUUAUGACUCGUUAUCAUCGAUAUAUUGUAAUUAUCAGCCUGUACUCUGUGUUGUGUGUAAAAUUAAUAGGUGUAUUCAGCGCCUUUGUAGCUAUCACGUGGCGUAUAUGUUCGAAAAUUCGCGUCACUUCUCAUAUCUGUCAGAUUUGGAAAGGGAGAUGACGUUUAGAACCGAAAUGGGAUUCUAUUAUUCGUUUUUCAAAACCAUGAACAAGGCACCUACGUUUUUGGCAGGACUGUUCCAAAUCCUGCACGACAACCAAACGGAAUUCGGCCACACGAUCAAUGACUUGAAACGGUUUAACGUCUACCCCGAAGUCAUGCUAUCGGCUAUGUACCGGAUUUUCCAACAAGUUACGAAGAAACUUGGCAUCGAAACCGAGACUUGCUGGACAACGGUUAGAGGUGAAGGCGCUGCACCGGUUCUUAGUUGCGAGGGCAUUGGCAACCCGUUUUACUUUUAUGUGAACUUUGUUUUUGUUCUUGCCGGAUCUGAAGCAUCAGCUCUUUUUCUGUACGGACUUCUGCUGAGUGAUUCGAUAUUGGGCGGAAUUUUGACAGUAGCCACUUUUUUCUUCAAUCACAGCGACGCAACGCGUAUUCAGUGGACACCAACGUUGAGGGAAAGCUUCGGUUAUCCUUUGUUUCUGUGGCAGAUGUUGCUAAUUUCAUAUAUUUUGAAUCUGUUGGCAGCUCAAGUAGGUACUUUACUACUGUCGUUUUUUCAAGCACACAUCUUCGACAUUCUGAAGUCGAAGUUCACAAAUUUCAGCACGUUCCAUACUAGAUUGUACACCUGUGCGGCAGAAUUUGACUUCCUCGAAUAUAAGACCCUAGUAGAUCUAAGUCAAAGUCUUUUGAUUCCAUUGAAUUUUUUGAACAAAAAGCUAUUUUUCUUCUACGAGGUAUGCUUUUAUUUUGAGGAGUUUAGCGAAGGUUUAAACGUGAGGCAGCGUUACAUUUAUUCGUUUUGUGUGUUAGUCCUUUCGCUGAUGGCCAUUAAAGGUCGGCAGAACCUUCAGAAUCAGUGGAGCAUUUCAGGCGAAUAUUCGAACUUUCCGCUGGAGCGACUCUUCCAAUGGAUCGUGAUGAAUACAAAAGCUGAUGAUGUGUUUGCCGGUAGCAUGCCUUUAAUGGCGAACCUGAAGCUGUCAACCGAAAGACCGAUCGUUAUCCAUCCUCAUUACGAAGAUGCGGAGCUGAGGGAUCGAGUGAUGAAGGUGUAUUCGGUGUUUAGUCGAAAGCCAUUGAAUGAAGUCUACCGACUUCUAAAAGAUCUCAAGGUGAAUUACGUCAUAUUCGAAUCUGUGUGGUGUAAGAAGAGUGCAAGGCCGGGCUGCACGAUGCCGGAAUUGUUUGACCUUCACGAUGUGAGAAACGCUGGUGGGAUACCGUCAUGUGAUUUACUGAUGAGCGACAACACCGAUCCGUUUAAACUAGUUUAUGAAACCGACGUUUAUAGGGUUUUUAAAAUCGCCUAA